CUAGCACACCAACACGUCCGGUGUCUUACCAAACUAUCCGAGAGAUGAUCCGCCGUGAAAUGGCUGAGUUCCAAGCCAUGGAGCAGUCUACCGUGCUCAUGCGAUCUACGGCUGUUGUGGAUGCUGCCCGAAACACUUUCGGACGCUCUAUCCGUGACGAUGCGGGCCUUGCAGCUCACAUCCAGUACCAAGUUGCGUUGUACACCCCGGCAAUCUCGGCAUUUUAGAACAAGGCCGAGAUUGAGGCGAACAACCAACCUAUAGAAGACCAGAUCUUCGUUGCCAUCAUUGCGCAGAUUGAGAAGGAAGCCCAGGAGGAAUUAAUCCAAUUGGCUGACAUGGAAGCUGAUGAUGACCCGUUCCACGAGUCUGAUAAUGGUCUUCCAAUCGCUGGACCCUCAGGCACUUCUCGCGUCUCGGCUCCUCAGCAACCUACUGGUUCUGUUGUCUACCACCCUGCCCCGUCUGCGGCUUCUCACCGAUCUAGUUCAAUCCCAGGUGUCAUUCCUGCAGUUGCUCUGGGUCUUCGAGGACGUGUGACCCGCCGUAUCUCUCAGGCAGCCUCUGGAUCUGCUAAUCAGCGAUCUACUCAUUUGGUAAUUCCCCCGGCGACCCCUCGAAACGCCAACCGUGGACCUUCUCAGCUUGGUACUACCGAAGAGGCGCUCGAUGAGGCUGCUAUUGCUGCUAUCGCUGCUGGAGCCACUACUCUACCCGAUCCGCAGCCCGCCCCGCUGGAACUACCUACUCCAUCCGCUGGACCUGCCGCACCCUCCGCAACUCCUACUGGUGAGUGGCCCGCGGCUUCUGACACCGUAGUUCGCCCCGCACCUGGUCCUUUCCUGUACGAAUCGACCAACAUGGAGGAAUUCAAGCGUCGCGACGACGAGAAGCGCGAGAAGCGUCGUGAGCGAGAGCGCGACCGUGCUCAGAAGAAGGAGGAGAAGGCCAAGCUCAAGGCCGCUGCCGAGACCACUGCAUCCGAGGCGAUGUAUAACCACAACCACCCGGGCACCCAGAGUGCGGAUCGCCGCAUCAAGCCCAGCCCUAGCUUUGGUGGCUCUCUUCGCCGCGCUUUUCAGACGGCGUUUAAGUUGAGCGGUGUUAAUACUUCGAGCGCUACCUCGGAGAGUCCCGCUCCUAGUGCCGAUGACGAGAACGAGACUGAGAGUGGAGAGGGCCAGAGUGGUCAGAGUGGCCAGGGACAGGUCCAGGACCGUAGUCACCACACUCACUAAGCACCUCGAUGGUGGAGUUGAAACGUCCUGUUUAUGUAUACCAGGCGUUGGGGAUUUUUCAGAGGGCGCUCUAGGAGCUAAGCCGGUGUUUACGACCCGUUACACGACACAUUAUGAUGCAUGAUAACGCCUGAUGAAGGGGACAGAAAGGGGAUUUCACGAUUACACGCAGUUUCUUUGUUUCUCGCACUCGCCUAUUACGGCUUUCAACUUCUUAGAUUGGCC